GUACGCAUCGCAGCCUCUACCUACAUUCGCAUCGCAAGACUGGACGCUCAACGUAGGCGUUCAUUGUCACUUCAUCCCCUGUUACAGCAUCGUCGUGCUGAGCACCUCAACGCAAGUCUUUGACUCCUACUCGGGCUCUGAGCAAUAGAUUGCGACCUCCCUGCGCUCCUUCUUCCCCGUUCUCUCCCCCCUCAUCUCCCACUGCUGUCCUCGUGCAGCCUCGGUCCGUCUCAAGGAUGUCCGCCCAACAACAAUACGAGUCCAACGGUACUUCACAGCAGUCUCGCCAACAUGCCAACUUCUAUGGCCAAGAGGUAGACGAUGAUGAUGAGAUGGACAACUUUGGUGAAGAGGAAGAUCUUAUUCCUGAUUUUCCAUCGGGAGCUGCUGGAGGCGGUGAUGAUGACCUGGAUGGAAGUAUAGAGGGAACGAUGGAUGAAGGUCAAGCUGCUGCUAUGCAGGAAGCCCAACUUCAGCAACAGCAGCAACAAGCCGCUGCCGCUCUGGCUGCCGUGCCGGAGCAAGUGCGCAAGUACAUUGUCCUCUUCUACCAAGCAGUGCAGAACAACAAUGUUCAGGACAUCAGCUCAGCAUACGAAGGCAACUGGAACCGUCUGACUGAGAAGUUCUACCAAAAGUCAGAGUGGCCCGAAGCAGAGGUCAUUGCCCCUCUGGUGAACAAUGACUCCAAGUUCCUGAUGCUCUACCGUGAGCUAUGGUUCCGUCACGUCUACUCGAGACUGUCUCCAGAUGGCGAGGACCGCUUCAGCUCCUACGACGCCUACUGUGACUUUUUCAACCACGUCCUGAACUCGGACGGACCCGUGGCCCUGGAGCUUCCUGCCCAGUGGCUGUGGGACAUUGUCGACGAGUUCAUCUAUCAGUUCCAGAGCUACUCGCAGUGGAGGAACAAGGUCAGCAACAAGUCCGAGGACGAGCUGCAGCUCCUCCAGGACGGUGGUGUGUGGAGCUCCUACUCGGUCCUCAAUGUCCUCUAUUCCCUCAUUCAAAAGUCGCGCAUCACGGAGCAGCUCAUUGCAACGCAAGCAGGCGAGGACCCAGAGGAGGUGGCUGGCGAGUUUGGCUCGAAGCCACUGUACAAGAUGCUUGGGUACUUCAGCAUCAUCGGUCUCCUCCGAGUGCAUGUGCUGCUCGGAGACUACACACUUGCGCUCAAGAUGCUUGACCAUGUCGAGCUGGGCAAGAAGUCGAGCCUGAUCAAUCGUGUGACGGCAUGUCACGUCACUGCCUACUACUACGUUGGCUUUGCCUACAUGAUGCUGGGAAGGUACCCAGAUGCCAUUAAGUCCUUCACUCACAUCUUGAUCUUCACCAUGCGGCUGCGUCAAUACCACACCAGGUCGUAUCAGUACGACCAGAUCAACAAGACGGCCGACAGGAUGUACGCUCUGCUUGCCAUUUGCUGCGCCCUGUGCCCCACACGUCUGGAUGAGAACAUUCAAAACACAAUGCGGGACAAGUACGGUGAGCAAUUCGCCAAGAUGUCACGAGGUGAAGAAGGUCUUGCAGCAUUCGAGGAGCUCUACCUCUACGCAUGCCCCAAGUUCAUCACAUCCAACUCGCCCCCCUUCCACGAUGCCGAGGCGCUAGAGGCCUACAUGAAGGAGCCCACCAUGGGUGAUCCUGCCCAACACCACGUCAAGAUCUUCUUGAGCGAUGUCAAGGCUCAGAUGACCAACGCUAACAUCCGAUCUUUCCUGAGGCUCUUCACCACUCUGGGCGCCGACAAGCUGGCGAGCUUCCUAGAGGUGGACGAGGAAGAGCUGCUCGAGGUCAUGAUGCAGCUCAAGGCCUCUACGCGCUCUCUGAUCUGGUCUUCGGAGGGUCCCCUACUGGAGGGCGAAGUGGUGAACACCUCUGACCUAGACUUUUUUAUCGACGACGAGAUGAUCCACAUCAGCGAGAGCAGAGUGGGAAGGAGGUACGCCGAGUGGUUCAAGAGGAACUCGACGAGGAUGCACGAUGUCCUUACCACUAUCCAGAGCAAGCCCCUGCCCAUUGCCAGCCCAGAGACGCUCGCCGCUGCUGCUGCUGCCGCCGCUGCAGGUGGUGCGGGCGCAAGUGCAGAUGGUCAGCAGGGAGCUGCUGGCGCCAAGAAGACCGUGGGCCCAAAGACGGGAGGAAAUGCGUGGGGAGCUGCUGCUACCAAGUCGUCCAGUUCUAUCCCCGCCUAAGGUGAGCUGAGCUGAGAUCGGGAGCGGGGCGUGGGGAGUGGAUCUGUGGAUGCUGGGACCGGAGGGGGUCUGUGCUGAGUUGUCAGGCAUGUCUGUACUUCACUACCUCGCCAUGUCCGAGUUGACGAUGAAUGACAUCACUUGUAUCGCUCCUG